AUGGUUGACACAGAAAUGCCGUUUUGGCCCCUGAAUUUUGGAAUCAGCCCCAUGGAUCUGUCAGCCAUGGAUGAUCACACACAUUCCUUUGACAUCAAGCCCUUCACCACCGUCGACUUCUCCAGCAUUUCCUCCCCUCACUAUGAAGAUCUCCCCCUUGCCAGAGCUGACCAGUCAGGCCUGGAUUAUAAAUAUGAUAUCAAGCUCCAGGAUUGCCAAAGUGCCAUCAAGCUGGAGCCUCCUUCCCCCCCCUAUUUCUCAGAGAAGGUGCAGCUGUACAGCAAAGCUCACGAGGAGGCGUCCAACUCGCUGAUGGCCAUCGAGUGCCGCGUGUGCGGCGACAAAGCCUCGGGCUUCCACUACGGCGUGCACGCCUGCGAGGGCUGCAAGGGUUUUUUCCGGAGGACCAUCCGGUUGAAGCUGAUUUACGACCGCUGUGACCUGAACUGCCGCAUCCACAAGAAGAGCAGGAACAAAUGUCAGUACUGCAGGUUCCAGAAGUGCCUGGCCGUUGGGAUGUCACACAAUGCCAUCAGGUUCGGGCGGAUGCCCCAGGCGGAGAAGGAGAAGCUGCUGGCCGAGAUCUCCAGCGACAUCGAGCAGCUGAACCCCGAGUCGGCCGACCUGCGCGCGCUGGCCAAGCACCUCUACGACUCCUACAUCAAGUCCUUCCCUCUGACCAAAGCCAAGGCGAGGGCCAUCCUGACAGGAAAGACGACAGACAAAUCACCCUUCGUUAUUUAUGACAUGAACUCUUUGAUGAUGGGGGAAGACCAGAUCAAGUGCAAGCACGUGUCCCCCCUGCAGGAGGAGAACAAGGAGGUGGCCAUCCGCAUCUUCCAGCGCUGCCAGUUCCGCUCCGUGGAGGCCGUGCAGGAGAUCACCGAGUUCGCCAAGAACAUCCCGGGCUUUGUCAACCUCGACCUCAACGACCAAGUGACUCUGCUCAAAUAUGGGGUCCACGAGAUCAUCUACACCCUGCUGGCCUCCCUGAUGAAUAAAGAUGGGGUUCUCAUAUCCGAUGGACAAGGGUUCAUGACGCGGGAGUUCCUGAAGAGCCUGAGGAAACCUUUUUGUGACUUUAUGGAGCCCAAGUUUGAGUUUGCUGUGAAGUUCAAUGCACUGGAAUUAGAUGACAGUGACCUGGCAAUAUUUAUAGCUGUCAUUAUCUUAAGUGGAGACCGCCCGGGGUUGCUAAACGUGAAGCCCAUUGAAGACAUUCAGGACAACCUUUUGCAAGCCCUGGAGCUGCAGCUGAAGCUGAACCACCCCGAGUCCUCUCAGCUGUUUGCAAAGCUGCUGCAGAAAAUGACGGACCUGAGGCAGAUCGUCACGGAGCACGUGCAGCUCCUGCAGGUCAUCAAGAAAACCGAGACGGACAUGAGCCUCCAUCCUCUGCUCCAGGAGAUCUACAAGGACCUGUAUUAA